ACGAGCAGAGAGUAUAUGCGUACGGAGGGUGUAGUGAACACACCGGAGCGCACACAGACCAACGGAAUGCCAUUGUUUGACACGAUAUUUACCAUUAGUUCUGUUGUGUAGUUUCUUUCUUUUUAUUAUUUUAUGAUAAGUACUAAGUACUUUGUCUUUUUUCUUAUAAGUCGUCGUUUGCGCGCAGCGGACUCGCGAUCAUUUUGAGGUUAAGGCAACACUGAUUCGGUGACGGAACGAUGUGGAGACGGAGUGUACGUUCUUCAUAGAGACUAUAACAUCGCUCUUUCUCUGGACUACAGACGGAGCUGUUUCAACGGGAUAUUUAACUGCUGGUAGAAAUAGGAUAUAAUGUCGUUUGGCUCUUUAUUAAAAACACUGGAUAUCUCUAAAUGAAAACUGAAGGACACCCGCCCCGUCGCUGCCCUCGACAGGUCUCUGAUCCGCCCCGAUCCAGAUGAGCGAACUGCCUCUUGGAUUUGCAGUCAUUUCCCGGAACCAGCAGACCCUUAAAAGUCGUUACAUUAACAACGAUAGUUCGCCCACCUGUGUAAGACCCCAGAUCGACUCACUGCCGUACCGUGAUCCCGCGCGUCAGGAAAAAAGGCUGCCUAUACGGAUUCUCAAAAUGUUGACCGCUCACACAAGUCACAUACUUCACCCAGAGUAUCUGCAGCCGCUCAGCUCCGCGCCAGUGAGCAUCGAGCUGGAUGCUAAAAAGAGCCCCCUAGCAUUGCUGGCCCAGACCUGCUCACAGAUCGGUAAACCAGAUCCUCCUCCCUCCUCUAAACUGGGAUCCCUCUCCUCUAGCAGCCAUGGAGACAAGGACAGUCGCUCUGCCAGCUCCAGCCUGAAGUCUGGGGAGCAUCAGAACCAAGACGACAAGUCCAGCUUCAAGCCUUACUCUAAAAUUGGAUCGGAAUGCCGGAAGGAUGGCACUGGGAUUAACAGCUCAGCAGAUAAAACGGGGUUCAGAGUGCCAAAUGGCGGUUCUGCAGCUGUGUCGUGCCCCACUUUACCUCCUCAUGCCCCCUCUCCACGGGCCAGCUCUCCUCAGCAGACAUCAGGACAGUUGCACACACACCGGCAGUCUCAAUCUCCACUAUCACAGAAACCAACACAUCUACAAACUUCUCACAUGGACUCCAAAGCUGCGGGUCCAGACCCAGGGAACGACAGCAGCAGCGGUGAUCGCAAUGGGAAAAAAGAUUCAGACCACAACAAAUCUGGAAGUCUGGACAUUGUACAGAUCGCCAACUCCAGUCACGCUCGUGCUAGUGCAAACUCCAGCAGAGCCAGUUCCACCAGCAGUCCUCAACCUGACAAUAAGGCUGAUCCUCAACCCCCUCAGACCAGCCUGGGUGCAGGCCACAUUGCCCCAGUGUCCCCGUUUAAACCGGGCCACUCUGUUUUUCCACUCCCAUCUUCCACCAUGGGCUACCACGGCUCCAUUGUCGGGGCGUAUACUGGCUAUCCUUCUCAGUUUGUACCUGGGUUACCAGGAAAGCAUCCCAGCUCCAGCCCUCUUACAGGGGCCUCGCCUCCCUCUUUCAUGCAGGGUUUGUGCAGGGACCCAUACUGCCUCACCUACCCCAAUGCACCCCAUCUCGGGGGCAACAACUGCUCUUCCUGCGUACAUGAUCCAUCAUCUGCCUUAAAGACUGGCUUCCCACUUAUGUAUCCCACCCAUCAUCUCCACUCCCUCCACCCUAGUUCUCUGUCCUCUAGUGCCACCUCGUCUCUGUCCCAUCCUCUGUAUACUUAUGGUUUCAUGCUGCCCAAUGAACCGCUCACUCAUGCCUGUAACUGGGUCUCAGUGGGUGGCCCGUGUGACAAACGCUUCUCCACCUCAGAGGAACUCUUGGCCCAUUUGCGUACGCACACGGCUCUGCCAGGUUUGGAUGGGAAGCUGCUCUCCGGCUACCCUUCAUCUGUCUCCUCUGCCGCUUCCUGCCACCUCCACCUGCCUCCUCCUAGCAGCCCAGGAGGCCUUCCCAGUUCCCUCUCCCUGCGUGGGUCUCCAGGGUUAGGUUUGGCACGGUAUCACCCUUAUGGAAAGGCACACUUGCCAGGAGCACCAUCCCUUCCUAUGCACUCUCUACCAGCCACAGCGCCCUACUAUUCUCCCUAUGCUCUAUACAGCCAGAGACUGGGCUCAGCUUCUGCUCUUGGGUACCAAUGAUUAAAAGACUUUGGACUACGUAAAGAUAUUGGCAUGAGCUCGCUGGAAAGCACAGGAACAUGCAGGAUUCCCCUAAAAAGAAUGAAGAUGGGAUAGUUAUAUUCGCAAUGAGGAAUAAAAUCUCAUCUGCUUUGGAUGACUGUUGCUUAAUUAAUGGUCAUUCCAAACUUCAAUUAAGAUAUUAGGGAAACCUUAUGAGAUUUAAGGUGGAGAGCUAAUGAGAACGCCGGGACUCAUUUUAUGUGAUGAAUUUUUCUUUCCUUUUUUUUUUUUUUUCCAAGUUACCAAAAGUGUGUAUUUAUUUUUCACUUGAGCGCUUGACUUUUUGUUUUCUAAGGGACAUUUACCGGCAAAAUUUAUUCAUUAUAAUUUCAGAAUUUUUACAGUAUGAAUAUGGUUGCUCCCAUCAUACACUUUGUAAUAAUGCAUUGUUUGCAACAACAGACUACGACAUUGUCUCUCAGACAUAAAAUCUUUCUUUUACCGUCAUUUUCUUUUGUGCGUUAGAUCUGUGCAACUCAUUCUCUUUUUGGGAGAACAGUUGAGCAUGACUUGGUCAACAGCUACCUUUGUUCCUUAUGAUUUGGCGUUUAUUUUGUACGUGUACAGAUCAAAGAAUAAAACAGAAAUAUGUGAUAUAUUUUCAAUUGUAGCUGACUUUGCAAGUUGGGGAUGGAAGUGGAGAGGGGAAAAGAAUUCAAAUAAGAGUACUAUGUUGUGAUGGCAGCGCUAUCCAUUUAACAAAGUCUUAUUUUGUUUAAUAAAUGAUACUUGAUAACA